AUGGUUUCCAAAAAGGAUCCCGUGUCUCGUUGUUUGGCCAAGCGGCUGAAGUCAUUGAUGGGAAACCUUCAGCAUCCCGACACAGAACGACUGCAACUUGUCAAGUACGCUGGAGGAGAGCGGUUUCGUAUGCACAACGACUACCUACCGGUGCAUCUUGAGGCCAAGCACCCGGAUGGCAGCACUAAAAAGUACAACCGCCUCGUCAGUACCUUCAUCUACAUUGGAGACGACUGUACUGGGGGGGAAACGUACUUCCCAGAUAUCAAAGGCGUCGGCCCAAGCGCUGAUGGAGACAAGUUUUCGAGGACAGAGGAUGGCAUGGGCUUAUUGGUGAAGCCAAAGAAGGGAAACGCGGUGAUAUGGCACAAUGUCCAUCAGAAUGGAACUGGAGACGAGAGAAUGGCCCACGCAGGUUUACCUGUUCUGAAUGGCACAAAGAUUGGCAUGAAUCUGUUUGGCAUUUACUACCCGGACGAACCACUUGUUGGCGGAAACUAA